UACGUCGAUACCGCCGGCCCUUCUCUGCUAAACUAACGUGGUAUAGCUAUCCAUUUAUAAGAUAGCUUCACAGUGUAUUGCUUAUUUUACUCGUAUUUACCGUUCCCGAAUUAGUACAGUAAGUGCUGAGAAGCUUUGUUGGAGUUAAGAGAGGACCCUAACUCGAUCAGCGAGGAUGUUUAAAAAAUUUGAUGAGAAGGAAAAUGUGUCAAACUGUAUCCAGCUGAAAACAUCAGUGAUCAAAGGAAUCAAGAACCAGCUGUUGGAACAGUUUCCAGAAAUUGAGUCAUGGCUUAAUCAUAUAAUGCCAAAAAAAGAUCCAGUCAAAAUAGUGAGAUGCCAUGAACACAUUGAAAUUUUGACAGUGAACGGAGAACUUCUUUUCUUCAGACAGAGAGAAGGACCCUUCUACCCAACGCUCCGGCUGCUGCAUAAAUAUCCUUUCAUUCUUCCCCACCAGCAAGUAGAUAAAGGGGCAAUUAAAUUUGUCUUGAGUGGAGCAAACAUCAUGUGUCCUGGACUGACGUCACCAGGUGCUAAGCUUUACCCAGCUGAAGCCGACACAGUAGUUGCCAUAAUGGCAGAGGGGAAACAACAUGCACUUUGUGUUGGAGUUAUGAAGAUGUCUGCAGAUAGCAUAGAAAAAGUCAACAAGGGAAUUGGCAUUGAGAACGUCCACUAUCUGAAUGAUGGACUCUGGCACAUGAAGACCUAUAAAUGAUGAGUACCUGCCAUACCAGCUCCUGGAACAUGUGGAGCCAUGAUGCCAUGACAGCAAAGCAUGUGCUGCCAGUCAACUGUUUACACCCAUGGACUUAGCUGUGUAACCUGCUGGAGGCUUUGAAUCAUUUGCAAUUAUGCACAAAUAAAAAAAGAUCCUGCUUCAAAUCUGAUUCUCAGUUGGUAUUUUAGAUAUAACUCAAUUAAAGAUGAGCUGCACUGCCUAUAAACAUCAAUUUAAAUAUAAUGAUAUACACAGUUGUCUGUCCAGUUCCACUCUGUUCAGUCCUCCAGGGUGUUCGUUACAUAUUUAUAGUCACCAAAGGAGUGUCGGGUUGAUUCACAAUGUUUGACCUGUUCCUCUGCUUUUGCCUCUAUUAUGGUUUAUCAGAGCAUCACAUCCUCUAUCAGACAUGUAAGUACUGGUUUUUUAGUUCACGUACGCCACAGCCAACUCAACAAUCCAGAAAUAAACCCUUCCUUUUGUAAAACCUGAAUGUUCAAUUAUUUUGCAUUCACUAUGAGAUGUUUCUAAUGUUUUGUCCUUUUCAUUCUUAUUAAUAAAGGUGAGGUGAC